UUUUGCAACAGAAAUUUCAAUCUAAAUAUUUGAAAAUAUACGAAGAAUCCGUCACGUUCUACUAUUUCAACCAUUGUGUGACGUCACAUACGUGAUCGGAUCAGCUGCUUCAUCAUUAUGACGAAAGAACACAUGAAAUUGGACAUCACUGUAAUAUCGCCCGUGAUAAAAACAGAUGCUUCAGUGAAUGUCACACGACCUGCCUACAACGAGCUAGGAUUCAACGAAGCUCAUGGAAGGAAAGAGAAAGAACAUAAAACUGUGACGCAGAAAGCAGCAAGAUGGGCAGGAAAAAAGGCAACAUGUUCUUGGACGAGGGUCUGGGCAACAGUUGUCAGCUUCAUACCGGUAUUCGGAUGGUUACCAAAGUAUAAAUUGAGAUAUUUGACUGGAGAUAUGAUUUCAGGCAUGACAGUCGGAAUUAUUAGGAUUCCACAAGGAAUGGCGUAUGCACUACUUGCAAAUGUUUCACCAGUAUACGGCCUAUACAGCUGUUUCUUCCCUGUUCUACUAUGGUUUGUCUUCACAACAUCUAAGCAUACUUCUAUAGGUACAAUGGCUGUUGUCUGUCUCAUGAUCCAGAACCUCGUGUCCAAGUACGUACCGGAAACUGAGAUAGUUUCUCCGUAUGUCAAUGGAAGCCUUUCCACAGAAGUCGAUCCUGGCACAGUGGAUCAGUACUUCUACACAGAUGAAGCCAACAUGACAACCUUCGAUGAUGCGAAAUACAUUGCCGAUCAGACGGCGGCCAGAGAAGAAAUGAAAAUACAAUAUGCAUCGACGGCGACAUUGCUUGUUGGGAUUAUGCAGAUUGCCAUGGCAUUCCUACGUCUCGGAUUCCUCACAAAUUUUCUCUCUGACCCGGUGGUUCAAGGAUUCACUACGGGAGCUGCUUUCCAUGUAUUAACUUCACAGGUGAAAUAUCUGUUCGGUUUAGACAAAAGCAUUGGGAAAUACAACGGCCCUGGAGCGAUAGUCAGGACAUACAUUGACAUAUUCAAGAACCUGCCGAACGCCAACGUCGCAGAAAUCGUAAUUUCCCUGAUUUGUUUUCCUUCAAUUCUAAUCGUGAAGCAUUUGAACGACAAAUACAAAAAGAAAAUGCAUAAUAUUCCGUUUCCGAUUGAGCUUGUUAUGAUUAUUAUCGUCACGUUGGCCUCGUACUUUGGAAAUUUAGAUGCACCUCCCUUCAAUGUGAACACUGUGAAGCAUAUCCCAACAGGAAUGCCGAGUUUCCAGACGCCGCGUUACAUCAGUCAUUGGGGUGAAAUGAUAUCAGACUGUCUUAUCAUCAGUAUUAUCAGUUUUGCUAUCUCCUUAUCUCUGACAAAGAUAUUUGCUGAUAAACAUGGAUAUGAGAUUGACCCUAAUCAGGAACUCUUUGCUCUUGGUCUCUGCAACUUAAUUCCAGCGUUUCUGAGUUCGUUCGCGAUCGCUGCUUCCUUGUCAAGAACGGCAAUUCAGGAAUCAGCAGGUGGCAACACACAACUCGUCAGCGUUUUAUCAUCGAUUUUAAUGCUGAUUGUCUUAUUAUGGUUGGGUCCGUUAUUCGAGCCCGUACCAAAGUCAGCACUAGCAGUUAUCAUCAUUGUUGCUUUGAAGAACCUAUUCCUACAGUUUGAGAAAUUAAAAGCUUUGUGGAGCGUCAGCAAGUUUGAUUUCGUAAUCUGGCUUACAACAUGCCUCGCUGUCAUAUUCCUUGGAGUUGACCUUGGCUUAGGGGUCGGGAUUGGUGUCGCAAUUAUUGUUCUUAUGUUAAGAAUACAGAGGCCGAAGCACAUUCUCCUGGGAAGGAUACCUUACACAGACUUAUAUGAGGACCCGUUACUUUACCCAGGGGCAGAAGAAAUACCGGGGGUAAAGAUAUUCCAUUACGCUGGGUCGCUAUGUUUCACAAAUAAAGAAACGUUCAGAGAGUCAGUGUUGAAAGCUUUAGAUUGCAACCCAGUCGUUCUGCUCGCUAAGAAAGAGAAAGAAGAGAGGAGGAUUAAUAAAGAGAAUAAAAGAGAGAAGAACGGACGAGUAAACAAAGCAGUGGAUGAGACCGGGCGAUUGCUAGACUCAAAACAGUCGACUGAAUUCAGGACAGUGAGAUACUCGGAAAUAAAACAGGAAGACGAAGAUCAGAGGGUGAAUGAAACAAAUAUCUCAUCAGCACCAUCUAGUGGUGAAAGACCCACUAAUUCUCCUCAUCAAGAAGAAACAAGCAUAAGAAAACGAAGAGGUGGCGAUACCGGUACAGUUGAAGAUAUGUCAGUUGUCUCAUCUACUGAUUCGUCAAUUUCAAAACUCAGCGUUUCAAAAUUUUUGCCAGAAUUCCAUACGUUGAUCUUUGAUGCCUCCAAGUGGUCAUUUAUAGAUUCCACUGCGGCAAGAGAAGUUGUUUCGCUCGUUUCUAAAUUUCAAGCACUCGGAGUGAGAGUUCUGAUCGCUGCUGCCUCUUCAAACGUUAUGCAUACAUUAGAUGGGUGUGGACUCUGCCAGUUUAUGUUGAGAGAUAAAGUCUUUGUCACUGUACAUGAUGCCUGUGUGUAUGCUGAGAAAGCCCAGAGAAUGGCCAUCACAGGAUCAAACUUGGACAUCGACCCACAAGGUUACUCUCAUCUUCCUGGGUACCCUGGAUUCGACGUUCUUGCUUUAUGAUUGAACACUGGAUGGAGCAACAGAGUUAAAUAAACUGUGGGAAUACUCCUUUGUCACAAAUUGUCUCUUCAGUAUUCUUACAUUGUGAUAUUUCAUUAUGUAUUUUUAUAACUUUUUUCGUUUUGCCACUGAACAAGACCCGGAGCAGGCAAGCUCUCAAAAUGUAAACACAAUUUUGUCUGUACUCCUGUAGUAUGCGAAACAAGAUGGCGAGCACCGGAACAUAGUAUGUGUACUAGGUCAGGGUUAGGCAAUAAUUUCGGUGACCGCACAUUUGAACCCACG